UCACCUUAAACGAUAUUUCCUGGAAAACACCAUCAUUUUCAUUUGUCACCAAACUUCCACCGACCUUUUCAUAGCUAUUAUUAUGAAGAUUCGUUUUGCAGAAAAAAAAGGUGGGAAAUGUAUAGAGAAAUUGCUUAGAAGCCUUUGUCUGCUUUCCCUUUCUGCAUAUUGAGCCACCUUAUUUUCUGGUUUUCCCAAACUAGAUUGUCAUAUCUUUUUCCUUCUUGUACUUCCUCAUGUCCUCUUUGCCCUCAACUUCCUCGUCUAUUCCUAGACACAAAGAAUAUGACGUAUUCUUGAGUUUUAGAGGUGAAGAUACUCGUUAUAACUUCACAGACCAUCUCUAUGAUGCUUUGAGAAGGAGCGGAAUCGUCACUUUCAGGGAUGAUCCAAAGCUGGAGGCCGGCGAAGAGAUUGCACCUGAGCUCUUUAAAGCAAUUCAACAAUCAUGGUGCUCAGUAAUCGUUUUCUCGGAAAACUACGUCUUUUCAGGUUGGUGCUUGGAGGAACUUGCUGAGAUUGUUAAACAAAAGGAGGAGAAUGGUCAUAAAGUAUUUCCAAUUUUCUAUGGUGUGGAUCCAUCUGAUUUGAGAAAACAAAAAGAGAAAGUUGAAGCAGCUUUUGCCAAACACGAAGAGAGAUACAAGGAAGAUGAAGCAAAGAUCCGAAGGUGGAGAAAUGCUUUAACUGAAGUGGCUAAUAUCAAGGGAUGGCACUCAAAUAAUAGGCAUGAAUCAGAAUUUAUUGGAGACAUUGUUAAAAGAAUAUCAGCAAAGUUAUGUCAAACAUAUCCAAUUGACCAUGAUGAGUUAGUUGGAAUCAAUCCAAGCUUGGUUGAGUUGCAUUCGGAAAUAGAAAUUGGGGAAGAUGACAUCCGUAUCAUAGGAAUUUGUGGUAUGGGUGGCAUUGGCAAAACGACUAUUGCAAGAGUUGUUUACGAUCAAAUGUCACCUCAUUUUGAAGGUAAAAGCUUUCUUGCUGAUGUUCGAGAAGUUUCAGAAAAAUGUGGACUUGUUUCUUUACAGAAACAAUUACUUUCCCAAAUCUUGUUUGACGAAAGCUUCAAUUUUUUCAAUGUUCAUGAAGGGAAAACCAUAAUUAGCCACAGGUUGUCUCACAAAAGAGUUCUUGUUGUUCUUGAUGAUGUUGAUAACCUACAGCACUUAAAAUGCUUGGCUGGAAGGCGUGAUUGGUUUGGUUUAGGGAGCAGAAUCAUUGUAACAACAAGAGAUGAACAUUUGCUCUGAUCUUAUCGAGUUGAUGGUGUGUAUAAGCCUACAACAUUGACGGGCAAUGAUGCACUUCAUCUUUUCAAUUUGAAAGCUUUCGGUUGCGAGACUGUGCCAAAAGAGGAUUUCAUUGAGAUAGCUAAACAAAUUGUAGGUUAUGCUGGUGGACUCCCCUUAGCUCUUGAAGUUUUGGGUUCUUUUCUGUGUGAUAGAGAUGCAAGGCAAUGGACAAGCGCAAUAGAAAGACUUGAAAGAGAUUCUAACAAAGAAAUUCUUGAUAGACUUCAAAUAAGUUUUGAUGGAUUGGAAGAAAGGGAGAAGAAUAUAUUUCUAGAUAUAGCAUGCUUUUUUAAUGGGGAGGAGAAAGAUUUUGUAAUGAAAGUACUGGAUGGUUGUGAGUAUUUUCCAGAUAUUGGAAUUGAUGUUCUCAUUAAAAGAUCUCUACUAACCAUUAAUAAAUACAACAAAUUGCGGAUGCA